CAGGACUUGGGAGAAAUUAUACCGAAAGACACUCUUUUGUGGAAACUCCGCCUGCUUAAGUCAGGUUCUGCUUAUGUGAAUUCUCGUCUGCAUGCUAUUUCAGCUGAAGUUCUAGUUCUUGCCAGUGGGAAGGAUAACUUGUUACCAAGUGGGGAUGAAGCAGAUCGACUUUGGGCUUCACUAAAGAAUUGCAGAGUUAGAUAUUUCAAGGACAGCGGACACACAUUAUUGCUAGAAGAGGGCAUUAAUUUAUUAAAUAUUUUGAAAGGCACCAUCACAUACCGUCGUUCUAGACAAUAUGACACGGUGACAGAUUACCUUCCUCCAUCUCUCAGUGAUUUCAGAAAAACGUUCUCUCAAAACGAGAGAUGGUAUGUAGCUGCAGCAAGUCCAGUCAUGCUAUCUACUCUUGAAGAUGGGAGAAUAGUCAGGGGUCUUGCAGGUGUUCCCGAUAAAGGUCCCCUACUUUUAGUUGGAAAUCAUAUGAUAUUGGGGCUAGAGCUUCGUCCUCUUUAUGAGGAAUUUUUAAAGGAGAAAAAGGUCAUUUUACGUGGCAUGGCACACCCUUUUUUAUUCUCAAGGGAUACCGAAACUCCACGGAAAGAGAUUUCUAUCAAUGAAACUCUCAGUGUUUUUGGUGCAACACCUGUGACUCCAAUGAAUAUGUAUAGGCUAUUUUCAAAGGGAUCAUUUAUACUCCUGUAUCCUGGAGGUGCUCGUGAAGCUCUACAUCGUAAGGGUGAAGAGCACAAGUUGUUUUGGCCAAACCAUCCAGAAUUUGUUCGUAUGGCUGCUCGCUUUGGGGCGACCAUAGUUCCGUUUGGAGUCGUUGGAGAGGAUGAUCUGAUAGAGUUGGUUUUUGAUUACAAUGAUCUGGAGAGCAUUCCAUUCAUCAGAGAGAGGAUAGAAGAACUGAAUAAAACCAUCACAAAUAUAAGGAUCAAUGCCGACGGAGAGGUAUCAGAGCAACCGAUGUAUUUGCCUGGAUUUCUUCCAAAAUUACCUGGUCGACUGUAUUAUCAUUUUGGAAAACCAAUUGAAACACGCGGAUUGGACAUUCUGAAGAAUAAAAAGGAUGCAAAUGCGCUAUAUCUACGCAUAAAGUCAGAGAUUGAAGGCUCAAUUUCUUACUUGAAGAAGAAAAGGGAGGGUGAUCCAUACCGAAGCAUUGUACAGCGAAUUCUCUAUCAGGCUUCAUUUGGUUCUUCAGUCGAAGUACCUACCUUUGAACCAUGAUUUGGAUGUUCUUCUCAUACCAUUCAGCUCAAUUCUUUUAAAGUACAUGAAUUACAAAGACACUUCUGUACAACGUAAACACUACAUCUACACAAGCUUGGAUGGAGCUUUUGGAUCAAUGAAGAAUGAGAGUGAUCAUUGGAAGCUAAGAAAAGAUGAAAUUCGUUUUUAUUUACAUUGUUGAAAAGCAGUUAUUAUUUUGGCUGCAGAGUAUGAAUAGGAAUAGUUCAUGCUCUCUCUAUUCCAAUAACUUAUUUCUUUAUUUGUAUGACAGUGAAUUAUAUAUAUAUAUUAAAAUGUUGUUUGCAUCAA